UUUUCUUCCUCCCUCUCUCUCUCUCUCUCUCUGGGUGUGGGUGUUAAGAGCGAGAGGAGGAGGAGGAGGAAAGCAAUGGCGGUGGCCGCUUCGGUGGCGAAGAAGGUCAUGAGGCUCACCAUCUGCCUCUUCGGAGGACGCUUCAACUCUUCCAAAUGCAAAACGGCGGCGAAGAUGACGGUGGCGAGGAUAAAGCUGCUGAGGAACAAGCGGCAGGCGGUGGUGAAGCAGAUGAGGCGGGACAUCGCGUUGCUUCUUCAGUCUGGUCAGGAUGCCACUGCUCGCGUCCGGGUUGAGCAUGUGCUAAGAGAACAAAAUAUUUUGGCUGCAAAUGAGUUCAUUGAGCUCUUCUGUGAGUUAAUUGUCGCUAGACUUCAAAUCAUUGCAAAGCAAAGGGAAUGCCCUGCAGAUCUGAAGGAAGGCAUUUCAAGUUUAAUAUUUGCGGCACCGAGGUGCUCAGAGAUUCCAGAAUUGGCUGCAAUUAGGAAACUUUUUGAGAAGAAGUAUGGCAAAGAUUUUGUGUCUGCAGCGAUUGAGUUGCGACCAAACUGUGGUGUUAACCGGAUGCUAAUUGACAAGCUCUCCGUUAGAACCCCAUCUGGUGAAACAAAAUUGAAAGUAUUGAAGGAAAUAGCAAAGGAGUACCAGAUUGAAUGGGAUACAAAAGAGUCUGAACAGGAGCUUCUAAAGCCUCCUGAGGAGAAAAUAGAAGGACCACAAAAGUUUGUUAGUGCGGCCAGCUUCCCGGUGAAGCCCGUGGGUGUUCAAUCUGUUGAUCCAAAUGAACAUAGCGCAAGACCAAAUGGUGGCAACAGGGAAACUAUGCCAUAUGAGGACUCCGCAUCAGCCGCCGAAGCCGCUGCAGAAUCUGCCCGGAAAGCAGUUGCCGCCGCGCAAGCUGCUGCCUAUCUGGCAAACAAAGAACCAAAUCAAGCGACUCACAUUCACCAAACCCCUGCUUCAUUUGUGCAAAAUGAUUUUUCGAGCUUUUCUCACAAUCAGCAGGCAAAGGCUCCGGAGGCAACAUUCGGUCAUCCGAAUUAUGAAAAUUAUGCGAACAAUGAGGAGAGAAGGCAUUCCCCACAUAUGGAGACCGGAGGAGCUAAUAGAAGGCACAGCUACAACAGUGUUAGUUUCGCUCACCCGGAGUCAAAGUUCGACGAUGGAGUAAGUGUCGAAAAGUUCCGUUUUUCAGGAGACGAUGACUUGCUCUCUACCCACACUGGCGACGGGAAGAUGUAUCGUAGGCACAGCUACAAUGCUCCCUCCAAACGUUCGAACAUAAAGUUCGACGAAUCAGACUAUGAGGAAGAUGAAGAGGAGGAAGAUCCCUCCAGCGAAGCCUGCCCACCACCGGCUCGGCCUCCGCCACUAGCACCGUCUUCUGUUACACGAGACGCGGUCCCUCGUGUUCAUCCGAAAUUGCCGGAUUACGACGACCUCGCAGCUCGCUUCGAAGCGCUCAAGUAUCGGAAGUGAAGUGAUGAGUCUGAAUACAGUCCAUUGCUCCAUUCGCAUGCCACUUUUGUCCAUUACAAUUUCCUAUCUUGUCUACGCAGCAAUUCUAUUACGAGGACACUAAACAGAUGUAAAUUUGAUACAGUUUGUUCUUAAUCCAUAUCAUACGUUCGUUCCC